UUAUAUGAGGCAGAUAACCAUCAAACAUCUCCCAAAGAUGAGACGAAAGAGAAAAGAAAACGACCUUCAUCAAAACAUAUUUAUGAAAUAUCCUCGCGGCAUUUGGAAACUAUCUUCGACCCCCAUGUGGUGGUGGAUUUUUACCGUCUGCCUGGCAGGUGUCCUCCCUCAGUCUUGCUCAGGCGUUCACGUGUUUGUGAGAGAUGAGAAGAAGUAUGCGGUGCUGUUCCAGUCAGUGGUUUUACCGUGUCAGUACACCAGUGUGUCGACCCAGAUCCCCGUGGUGCAGUGGGUCUACAAGUCGUACUGCCGAGACCGUACGAGGGACUCGUUCAACUUCCCCGACAGCGUGAGUGCAGGCGUGGGAGGAGGCGGACUGACCGGUGGAAACGCAGGGGUCAGUGGAGGCUACGAGACGCGCUCGGCGGCGAGCUACCUCGACUGCUCCGACAACAGCCGGACCGUCCGAACCGUGGCCUCUAUCUCUGGAUCCUCAGUCACACUGUCAGAAUUCUACAAGAACAGAGACAUUUCCAUCAUCAACAAAGCAGACCUGAGAAUAGGAGAGAUGCAAUGGGGAGACAGUGGAGUUUACAUCUGCAAAGUGGUUAUAUCUGAUGAUCUGGAGGGGCAGAAUGAAGCAUCGGUGGAGCUGCUGGUUCUUGGUUUCUCAGGUGUGCCUGAAGACCUUCUGCCAGACUUUGAUUUGAAGAUUAUGCCAGAGUGGGUGUUUGUGGUGGCCGUGGUGUUGGGCAGCGUGUUGUUCCUGCUGCUGUUCGGGGUCUGCUGGUGUCAGUGUUGUCCUCACUCCUGCUGCUGCUACGUCAGCUGCUGGUGCUGCCCUGACACGUGCUGCUGCCCCAGACACCUGUAUGAAGCAGGUAAAGGAAUAAAGACAGGAGCCCCAAGCCCUCAGGUGCACGCUUACCCUCCAUACUUUGUGUCUGGCGUCCCAACCAUGGUCCCCAUCGCCCCACCGUCUCUGGUGGACAAAGUACCGUCUGUUCCACCCUCCGAUGGCAGCCUGGUGUCAGCAGUGCCCAUACAUGCUGUAGGGGUUCCCUAUCGCGUUCCUUCACCACAGGAUCACGACUCUCUAAGGGUUCUGCAGUAUGUAGAGAAACAACUGGCUCACUUCAACCCUGCCAGGUCCAGCAGCCAUCAGUCCUGUAGCCUCUCUGAGCUGAGCUCGCUCCACGAUGGAGAACCCGCCUUCCGCCAAACUUACAGAAAUGUCCAGAAGAACGCUCUGCCAGCCAUCCCUGAUCACGGCUCUCAGCCUGAACCACAGCGCUACCGUGACAACCGCAGUCCAGAGCCGCAGCAUCACCGUAAUAAUCCUCCCUCCCCCCAUCGCUAUCGUCACGACCCUGACUCCGAUCACCAGGACAGCCAGGACGAGCCUCUGCUUCCGAGACGAUACAGCGAUGACCCUCCGUCAUCCUCUCAGUCACACAGGACGGGCCGGAAUCAACGGCAGCAGAACUCCAGCGAUGAGGACAAACACAAGAGGUGGAACCCUCGUUCAGAACAUUUGCAGAGAAAGACCUAUCAUACCUCUGGACGAACGGGCUCCCUGGAUGAGUUGGAGGAGUUUGCGACUUGUUUCAAGGAGAAACAAGGAAGAAGAAGAGAGAGAAGGGAAGAGGAAAGGGAAGACUAUGAGAUGGAGCUCCGGGAGUUCGGUCGAUAUCCCUCCUACCGUAAUGGCCCUCCUCAGCAUUAUCACAGCAAUGAGGAUGAGCUCAGUAACAACAGCGACCACGAAGAUCACCCAAGACACAGCAGCAAAAACAGGCAGAACAGAACCCCGGUGUCCUCUCCCAAAAACAGGAAGGAUACAUGGGAAGGGGACCGCUCCGCUCCACAUCCUCCCCCAGCACGCCCACCAUCCAAUUCUUCUCAAGAAAAGGACUAUGACGCCUCGUUCCUCAACAGCCUCCUGGAACGUAAAGCUAAGUUGCGAGGGUCUGGUACAGGGAAGAGCGGGGCCCGGAGUGAGGAAGAUUCUGAUACACCUUCCAAAGGCAGCUCAAAGAAGAGCAGCUGGGAAUCCGGUCGGCAUUGCAACCACUCGCCAAGUAACAGGUUUGAAGCAGAUUCGUUGUCUCCUUCUUCAGAGACGGAGAGAAACAGGACUGACAGGCCAUCUCCACGUCCACAUCCAGCAAACACUCGCUCCUCUCAACCACCCACCCAUUCCCUACAUGCUCACCUAGAAGAACCCCGGGAAAAGGCCAGAAAAGUGAACACUCUUCUCAGCCGAGAUUCUCUCAUCGUCUGAUCGACUUAAAGGCCCAGAGACUGAGAUCUUUAAGCAGAGGGAGCACAAGCAGCCCUGCAGGAAUUGCGUGGUAUUUGGGGGGAGAAAACUGAUAAAGCUGUCAGAAUGUGGAUUAUCGAACUCUGAUAAACACAAAGAGAGUUGACUCAAUGGUGAUAAAUAAAGAGGAGGACAAGAAACGCUGAAACCUUCUGCCUGUAACGUCAGCGAGUGAUGAAGUCACCAGCUGUAUCAUGUAUACAGUAUCUCUGCUGGACUAACAUCAACAAAUGUGAGCUUGAUUUAUGACCUGUACUGUACCCCUCACCAGGACGACACAAGAGUCCGGAGUGUAGACUUGCUGUACGCUCCCAGUACAAUGAGUGCUUUGACUUCCAUCUGAUGAGAUAUGUGAAUUAAAAAGCACACUUGUACAACAGAAAGUAAAUGACAAGACCAUUAUUGUAAAGAGUACCCUGUAUCUCCAUUUGAAAACAAUAACAACAUUGUCAUUCAGUAACAUAUUCAAGGACUAAAGCACUUAAAUAUGAGAGAUUUUAUAAGUAAUGUAGUGUAACUUAGGCUGAAAGCAGUAAGAAACAGCAAAAUUCUUUAUUAAUAAAUACUGAUGUUGAAAAUGUCAGUGUAAAAGUGUUAGCGUAACCAUCAAAUGUUAUUCUGCAUUUACAGGAAAUGUAACAAAAUGUUUAAAUGUUUUCUAUAUCAUUCUUAGAGGGUUUUACAGUGCCAUUGUGUUUACAGCUUCUUCUAACGUUUGCCAGUGAAAUCAGAAAAUGGAGCUCUGAGCUUCUGUAUAUCAGAGCUAAAGAUCUACAGACGUGUAGCAAGAAGGAUCAGUGAGAAAGACGCCUGGCAGUAAACUUUAUUUGUUUUCUAAGGGGUCCAACCACAUAUCCAAAUGAAAGUUUGUUCAUUAAAACUGUGUACAAACAUUUACAAAGCAUUUACACCGUAAAGUUAAGAUUUCUUAUACAUAUGCUCAUUUUUAAUUUCAUGUCAACAACAUGUUUCUAAGAAGCUGAAACAGGAGCAUCUUCACCUCUGUGUUGCAUGACACUUGCUCUUUUUAAACAGUUGGAAACCCCAUUCCCGUAUAUAUUUAUUA